AAGAUUAGCGGGUCGCCUGGGAGCGUAAAUUGGGUUGAAGAAACCCGAACCCGGAUUCAACGAGGCGAGUGUUUUAGGAACCAACAGCCAACUGCAAUCAUAAGAGGAAGAUAUAUCUUUUCCUCUUUCCUCUAAAUCUUGGAAGGUCAGAAACUCCGUUCGUGAUCUCAUAACUUCAAUAACAAUGGCGACAAGGUACUGGAUAGUUUCUCUUCCCGUUCACAGCUCCGCCACUUCUCUAUGGAGUCGCUUACAAGAAUCCAUCUCCAAAAAUUCCUUCGACACUCUUCUCUACAGGUUCAAUAUCCCAAAUCUUCGCGUUGGUACACUCGAUUCGUUGUUAGCCCUCAGCGAUGAUCUACUCAAGUCGAAUACGUUUAUCGAAGGAUGCUCUCAUAAGAUACGACGUCAGAUCGAAGAUUUGGAGAAGGCAUCGGGAAUUCUCGCUAGCUCCUUGACUGUCGAUGGGGUUCCGGUGGAUUCAUAUCUCACCAAAUUUGUGUGGGAUGAGGCUAAGUAUCCAACAAUGUCUCCUCUUAAGGAGAUUGUGGAUGGUAUUCAUGUGCAAGUAGCCAAGAUAGACGAUGAUCUUAAGGUUCGUAUUGCUGAGUAUAACAAUGUUCGCAGUCAACUCAAUGCAAUCAACAGAAAGCAGACUGGAAGCUUAGCUGUUCGUGAUCUGUCCAAUUUGGUAAAACCAGAGGACAUAGUCACUUCAGAACAUUUGGUUACUGUCAUUGCUGUUGUCUCCAAGUUUUCCCAGAAGGAUUGGUUGUCAUGCUAUGAAACAUUAACAACUUAUGUGGUCCCUAGAUCCUCCAAGAAUCUACAUGAGGAUAAUGAGUAUGCUCUCUAUACUGUGACAUUAUUCAAUCGUGAUGCUGACAAUUUCAAAAUUAAGGCACGCGAAAGAGGAUUUCAAAUUCGUGAUUUUGAAUAUAAUUCGGAAACUCAAGAAGGUCGGAAACAGGAGCUUGAAAAACUGAUGCAAGAUCAGGAAUCCCUGAAAAGCUCUCUUUUGCAAUGGUGUUAUACCAGUUAUGGAGAGGUUUUCACUUCCUGGAUGCACUUCUGUGCUGUCCGCUUAUUUUCCGAGACCAUUUUGAGAUACGGCUUGCCUCCUUCCUUUUUGUCUGUUGUAUUGUCACCAUCUGUGAAAAACGAGAAGAAAGUACGUACACUCCUUGAAACCCUAUGCGACAGUUCCAACAGCACGUUUUGGAAAACGGAUGAAGAAGGAAGCAUGGGUGGGUUGGGUGGUGAAGCGGACACUCAUCCUUAUGUCUCCUUCACUAUUAAUCUCAUAUGAUGAAACUCGUGUUGAGGUGAGAGAGAGGGUGUAUCGAUUGUUUGACGUUUAACGUUUGAUUUUGAAAUUUGUUUUGUUUAUUUAUUGUACUACAAUAUCACUAUGUAUAAAAAGGAUUACAAAAGGCACCAAGAUGCAUAUCAUCAAGAGCAGGAUGAUGAGGUUAAGCAUCAUAGUCAUUGAUACCAAAAAUCAUAAAUAACACUCGCUUAUAGCUGCAAAACAAGAGAGGACAAGAAGACGAAUCACAAUGAGCAGAUGAAGUUGAUGGAUCCUUUGAUAUGAUGAUGUAAACUACAAUGAUUAAAAGAAAGUAAAUAAUCAUGAGUAGAAGUCUUUGGCAAACAAAUUGUAGAAAAAAUAAAUAAAUUGUGUUUUAAAA